GCGCGCCGAGUGGAAGGCGGUCAGUGACGGUGGUUCCGCGGCCCUCGCGCAGUCCGUCUCGCUAACAAUCCACAUGCGACUGGUGAUGUGCGUGCGUCGCGCCGCGGCCUGACAACGUGUCGAGGAUCAUGGUGUUGGCUUCAGUGGUUGCUGCUAACUACAGUGGCACCACACGCGACUGACGUGCUGGAUGCUACUCACUGUGCACACGUUACCACAGCUUGCCGUGUCAGCGAAGUUGUUGUGUCUCCUGAUGAUGGUCAUCUGCGGGGCGGUACCAUCCGUGGUGCGGUCUGUGCGGCUCUACAAUGAAUGUUCGCACGGCUACGUGCAGAUCGACGCCAAUGGGACUGUUCGAGCGGACAAUCCAUACGAAGACAGGUUGCAAAACCUGAGUAUCAGCUCACUGAACCUGGACAUUGCUUUGAAGAUAUACGGUGAAGCGUCAGGAAUGUACCUCUGUUUCAAUAAGAAGUGGAAACUGGUUGGAAAGAAAAAGUUUGUGAAGAAACGCUGCACGUUCAAAGAGACGCUGUCGCAAGCAUACACGCAGUACCAGUCGGCGUUCCACAAAAAGCGCUUCAUGGGCUUCACGUCGAAGGGCAGGCCGGUGCGCGGUGCGUGCGACGCGACCAACAGCCGGCGCCGGGAGUGCGGCUGCUGCAGCCGGAAGCGGGGCUGUGGUUCCUCUUUCAUGUUCCUGCGGCCGGGCAGCAACAGGGACAUCGAAAUACACAACGACAAGAUUCGGCACCAUAAACGGCAUUCGAGUCACAGGCAAAGGCCUUCGUCUUGAGCGUCGCCGAUCGCCGAGUUCGCCGCCGCAGCAACAGCAGUCGCAGCAGUCGAACCCUCACCGUAGCAGCAGCUUUACUGUGUAUCCGCCGCCCACGCUACGCCCCCCUCCGCCGCCAUUAGUCUGCGCCGACGAUACCAGUCAUGGGACGCAUCUGUGUACUGAGUAUGGCCCUAUGCGGUUACCGUUAUCCGAAUCGGUAAACACGUAGAAAUCGUGUAAAUGGGAAGAAACGUAUGCCAUAAAUGAGAACCAUUACGACGUAUGCCUGCUUCCCAGAAACGUUUUGCAGCUUUGAAUAUUGCUAACACUUGGUGGCCCGACUGAAUGCUUCAUUACUCCGCCCUUCAUCCCCCGCAGAGAACAGUUUGAAAAUUCAUAAUACGCUACGGAAUGCAGCGGGAUGGGAACUGUCUCAGUGAUGACAAGGAACAAUAAAGUCGCUAAACAGUCUAUUAUAUUCCUAUAGAGCAAACACACAUUUAGGAAGUCGCGUUCAAAACGUUUUACUAUUGACGUGGUAAAAUGGCAUCAACAGCGACCAAUGAGCAGUCAGCAAAAGACUUGACAUAAUAGAAUUCUGCUGAAAUCAGCGCAACAUCGAAGAAACUGAUCUGAGAACAAUGCCGAGAGAUCUGCAUUACGACAUGGUACCAACUGCAACUAAGUUGCACAUAUGCACAUAAUUAACACGAAUGCCCCCGUAAAUUGCCAGUUCCUUAAACAGUUUUUGUGUCUCAUUGUAGAGCUCGCUGCUUCUUGAGUGUGCUUUCGGAUUAAAUAAAUAACGUGAGUCCAACGAGCACUUGCUCGUAGCAAAAGGCUGAGAUAUUGGGAUUGACUGAGGGAAAAAAGUCACGACUUUCUCAAAGAGUAGGACACUUAUUUCUACAGUUGUUGUGAAAAAUGGAGCAACAAGAACUUAAUGAGUGUUGAGUGUAAUGCCAUGAUUGUAUGUUUGUUAUAAAGUAACUGCAACGUUUGCACAGACUUGCGUAAAGUGAAACAGAUUUUCUUAACAUGUUAUUUUCAGCCGGACGCCACAUUUCCAUCAGACUUUUCACUGUAGAUUUUGUUAGUAAUUAAGAACGUAGUUGUCAGUAUAGUGCUGGUAACUUAAAAGUUCGGUUCAAGAUGUACAUGCUGUCGAUUUGUUGUCUCAAGUGACCCUAAGAGGGUCUGUUAUACAUUCCAUAUGUUUUCUAAUACCGAGUACAUUUCUGUUGUAUUAUCAUAUUUGCUUCAUUGACACAUUUUCUGAACGUAUAUAAUAGGAAAACUCGUUACUGAUAAUGCACACAAGUGGUUCCUUGUUAUUAUUUAUAAUGACAGAAAGUGUAAUAUUUAUAAUGUGUACCUCUAUACAAUUAAUUGAUGGCAAGAUGUAGUCGCCUCUGUACCUGUAGAAUAAUAUUGGCUCUGACUCGAGCAACCACCAAAGCAGCUAACACUGCAUCAUGGCUACCCCCUAUUCCAUGACAGGAGAACAUGUAUUACAUUUUCAUUCCAUUUAAAAUACCCAGACAAUUGAGAUAGCAGCACAUGGGCAUAAGAAGCUCCUGAACUUCUGUUUGGCACUACUUUCCACUAGUUCACAUUGCCUGAUAUUACUCUCAGAACAACUGUAAUGUAACUUUGAGUUAAACAGUAAGAAUCCAUAAACAUUUCCCAUAUGUAAAAAGUUAUUAUCAAAGAGUGUGUUAAUGAAGAAAGACUCAUUAAAUCAGUUACCUCUUCAUGCAAAAUAAGUUACAAAUGUUCCACAUGGCUUUAUGUCCAAAAAUGUAGUAAAAUCACAAGAUGUCAGUAAUUGUGUACAUGCUACUACCAGUAACCGCUUUUCUUUCUAUGGACACUCAUAUCAGUACACAUUAUAAGGAAGAUAUGAUGAGCAUUAAUGUCUUUUCUUGUGUUAUGAAAUGCUGUUGUCCUCUUUAGGUGUUUGUUUUUAUUUAGGGAAUUGAACUUUAUUGCAUACACUGAUUUUUUUAUAUCUAAUGAAUAAUGUAACUUUUUCAAUAAUGUUGUAGCGUAAACCACACAGGUAUUUCAGAAGGCAAAACGUGACUAAAUUUCAUAAAUAACUCAAGCAACCAAAGCUCAGAUGUUCAGGAGAAAGUAGAAGAAUCUCUUCCCCCCCCCCUCCCU